AUGAUGGGAUUCAAACAAUGGAUUGUUUGUGGUGGGGCUUUGGAAUGUAGUCCUGACCAAAUGGGCCCUCGACCAAAGAAAGAAGAUGGCGGUGUGCGAGCAUUGAUUAAGCGACGUCUUGAGAAUAAGGCCAAAAGAAAUAGCAACACACAACUGAACCACGUGGGAUUAAACAAAGGAAGCAGGCACUAUGGAUCAAAGGAGUCUGUAUCAAUUCCUGUGAGUCCAGUUGGGAGUGUAGAUCUGAGUGCAGAUGCCAGCACUGUGGUCAGGCCAGUCCACAGCUCAAUUUUAGGGGAGAAGUACUGUUUUGAGGUCAUAAACUCCGAGAACACGCACUGCUUUGGUUGCUCCUCAGCUGCAGAGCGUGAUCGUUGGAUUGAAGACCUGAGAAGAGCUGCCCAACCCAAUAAGGAUAACAUUGAGCGCACAGAGAACUCCCUAAAUCUGUGGGUGAAAGAAGCAAAGGAUCUGCCGCCUAAACGCCGUUAUUACUGUGAAGUACACUUGGAUGGGACUCUGUUUGCCCGUACCACGAGCCGCCUUGUUGGAAAGGCACACAGUCGCUCUAGCCUUGCUGGGGAAUGCUCUACUGGCUCUUCAGGAAGCCUGGGUGGCAGCGGAGGUGUUUCUGGGGGGUGUCAGUUGUUCUGGGGAGAAUUCUUUGAACUUGACAAUCUUCCAUGCAUCUCCCAAAUCACCUUGCAUCUCUUCCGCGAGGAAGACCCCAAGAAAAAGCGCCAUUCCCGAGAUGAUUACAGUCUGCAUCCACUGGGUAGUGUGAAUAUUCCAUUAGCUGAUAUCCAAGGGAGGACCUAUCAGGAAAAGUGGUAUCCCAUCAUUCCUUACAAGCUCCCAGGCGUUGGGAGCGCUAAAGAGCAUCUGGGGCCUCAUGCUUCUCUCCGCAUCAAGGCCCGUUUUCAGAAUCUGCAGGUUCUACCUAUGGAAAAAUACAAGGAGUUUGCUGAGCAUGUGACUAUUAAUUAUGUAGAAAUGUGCAAAAGCUUAGAGCCUCUUCUGAAUGUGAAGGAAAAAGAGGAGCUGGCCGGGGCUCUUGUGCAUGUGUUGCAGAGCGUCGGCAAGGCAAAGGAGUUCCUUGUUGAUUUGGGCGUCUCGGAGGUUGAACGUCACGGAGAAAAGGAAGCGCUUAUCUUCAGAGAGAACACACUUGCCACUAAAGCCAUAGAUGAAUAUAUGAAGUUGGUUGGACAAAAAUACCUCAUCGACACACUAGGGGAUUUUAUUAUACGACUUUAUGGAAUGGGGGACAACUGUGAAGUUGACCCCCGCAAAUGUCAUGCCUCCGAUCUAUCAAACAAUCAGAGGCACUUGAAGGAAGUGUGCGACGAGGUGGUGCAAAAAAUUAUUGACCUCCACGGACACUUUCCCGAAGAAUUAAACAAGAUUUUUUCAAGUUGGAAAGAGAUGUGUGAAAACCAAGGAAGACCAGAGAUUGGUCCACGUCUUAUCUCUGCUUCCCUCUUCCUUCGUUUUUUGUGUCCCGCUGUCCUCAGUCCGUCCCUUUUUGGUUUGAUACAACCAUACCCAGAGCAAAAUACCCUGCGCACACUCACCUUGACUGCCAAAGUCAUUCAGAACUUGGCAAACUUCACUCUGUUUGGAGAGAAGGAAGAGUACAUGCUAUUCAUGAAUGAAUUCUUAAAGCAGCAUUGGGAUAGAAUGAGGGGCUUUCUCCAAACAGUAUCAAAUCCAUGCAGUGAGGUCCCAAUGAGCUCUUUUGAUGGCUAUGUGGAUCUACCGCUCCGACUGGCAGUGUUGCAUAGCCUGCUAGUUGAUAUCCUUUAUCGACGGGAUCAGGAGACAAUAGAGAGAUUGGAUCCUCUACCUUUGAUUCUGAACCAGAUCACAGAGUCACUAGGCCCUGAGAUACAUAAGAUCACAAUUAACAACCCAAGAAAACAGGCCAAGCCAAUCUAUGUUCCUCCAAAAGAUUUGGUAAAAUUCAGCCCCCAUCAAUCAUCCCUCCAGCAACUGCCUCAGGAUGUCAAAAGACCAAGAACUUCUUAUUCAUUUUGCAGAGACAACAAAGCUUGGAGAAGAAAUCCAGUCAUCAGGACCCAAAGUGCCCCACAUAGACGUCCUGAAAAGAGACUGAAGAGGCAGGCAAGUUCUGAAGCUCUGCCCACAGCCAACCACGAGCAAGAUUUGGAAACACACCAACCCAUGAUCUCGUCACCAACUGUGAGUACCGAAGCAAUCAAACCAUGUGCACCAGUUCCUUGGAUUAAAGAUACGCAAAACAGGCAAUCCACAGAGAUGAAGUCUGAGCAGGAGGAACUCAGUUUACUGGAUAGGCAUGCCCAGGAAUUGUCUGAGCUUCGCCAGGGAAUUGACCAGGUUACUGAGCGUGAGUUGGAAAUGGCAAAACGACUGGAGGACUUCAUUAACCAAAGUCAGGACCAGAAUGCAAUACUGCAAACUGAAAUGAAUGAGCUCCGGAAUCUACUGGCUGUGCGAGAGGAACAGCUUGCUAGCGCCACCUUCAGGUUGGGUGUUAUAGAGGAAGAGAGAGAGGAUGAUGUGCGCAAGAUUAAUGUCGCAAUUGCAGCAACUGAGCGCAUGAACAUACUGGAGGAGCAGUUUGCUAACUUGAUGAAAGACAUUCAUCAGCUCACUAAGAUGUGCAACAAUGAACAAGCUGGUGAAAACUAA